AUAACCUAUCGGGUGAUCGCGCGAGAGAGCGCCGCCUCGAGAGUAGAAGAGGAGCCGUCUCUUUAUCUUCUCCUCUUUCUCUCUCUCUUUCUCUCUCUCUCUCCUCUCUCUCCGCUCCUUCCUCGAGACGACGCAAGCACCGCGGUGAGAAAGGUGCGCUGCGGAGUACCACGUGAUACGGUACAACACCUCUUCGCCUUCUCUUUGUUUUCCUUCUUGCUCUUUUUGCCGUCGUCGUCGUCUUCGUCGUCGUCGUCGUCGUCGUCGUCGUCGUUAUUAUUAUCGUCGUUGUUGUUGUCAUCUUUAACAGCAGUGAUAACGGUAGCAGCGUGAACGUCACUCGACAACGACGCAUCGAGAUCGUUCGUAUCGUAAUUUUCGAAGCGCGUUAAACGCACGAAAAACAAAGAGAGGCAACGUCGAUGAUAUCGUCUGUUCUCUCGUAAAGAGUACGACGACGACGACGAGACAGCAACAACGCAACGCGGCAACAAAAGCCGAAAGCUAUCGGAAGCAACAGCAGCAGCAGCAGCCGCAGCAGCAGCAGCAGUAGCAGUAGCAGUAGCAGUAGCAACGAGAAAAGCGAGGGAAGGAAGGCACGAGACGCGUCGCGCUCGGGAGUGUCCGCCGCGUGCGUCGGUGAUCGGCGAAGAAAGGAAGAGAGAGAGAGAGAGAGAGAGAUAGAGGGAGGGGGAGGGGAGGGAGGAAGAUAGAAGGGGGACAAGGAAGAAGGAAAGAAGCGAGAGAACCAUCCUCGCUAGCACUCUCUCUCUCUCGCGCGAGCGCGAGCGUUGGAAGAAGCAGGCAGGAAGGACGUCGUUAACGGCUCCGCGACGCGCGUUGUUUCAUCGUCGACGUCGUCUCAACGUCGUCGACGUCGCUGACGUCAGAUCCCGCGAGUUCCACGUGCGCGCGUGCUACUCGUGUUUGCUAGUGUCCUCGUCGUCGUGUCGUCGUCGUGUCGUCGUGUGUCGCGUAUCCGAGUCGCUCGAUCUGUCAGCGGCACGCCGUUUUCGUCGUGUAUAUCGACGUCGCGUGGUUCGUGGAAGGAGAAGACGGAAGUCGGACAUUUUAAACGCGACGACGAAGGUACACACAGGUGUCCACGUGCUACGUUAACGCGCGACAGGAAUAGAGCGGCGGAGAACGAUAUCGAAGGAAACAGUUUCUACCGACGGUUAUUCGAUUUCAUGGCUACGACCUGAUUAUUUCUUCGUCGAGGCUCGAUCGGACAAAAGGAAAGGCAAGUAAGCAAACAGGCGAGCGAGCGAACGAACGAACGAAUGAACGAAUAAGCGAGCGAACGAGCGAGCGAGAGAACGAACGAGCGAACGAGCGAGCGAGCGAGCGAGCGAGAGAACGAACGAACGAGCGAACGAACGAACGAGCGAACGAGCGAACGAGCGAGCGAGCGGGCGGGCAGGCAGAAAGAGAGCCGCGAAACAAGAGGGGUAGGAGUGAGCACGGUGUGCGCAACGGUGUGUCGUGUUCGGAGGAAGGGAGAGCGAAGAAGAAAUCGGGACUUUCGGUGCGCGUCGCGCGCCUUGACCAAGCGUGCGACAAAGAAAGAGAAGGAGAAGGAGGAGGAGGAGGUGGUGGCGAAGGAAGCGGGGAGGGAGAAGAGAGGAAAGCACCGUCCGAAGGCCGAGCGUGUGUGACAGUUCGCCUUCCGUGGUCCGACUCCUUCGCGUUUCGUGGCGACGUAUCGCCUUUUUCUCCGCCUUGUGUUUUUCCACUUCCGCGUGUUGCGUGUGCGUGUGUGCGUGCGUGCGUGCGUGCGUGCGUAUGCGUGCGUGUGUCCGAUCCACCCCCUCCGUCUUACAUCUUGUUUUCUUUUUCCUCCCUUCUUACGUUCCUAGUGUCAGCACUGCCAGCAAGCUAGUGUGCCGCUGUUGUCGUCGGUAAAGUGCUUCGCAAAGAGAGAGAAAGAUAUAUAUAUAUAUAUAUUAUUCACAUAUACACGCGCAUACGUAUAUACGUGCUAUAUUAUUAUUAUAUUUCGGUGAGACAGGCGCGCGUGGCCUCGAGCGUCGUCGCGUGUGUUAGUGGAAGAAGAGGAAGACGACGAAGGAGGAAAGAGGAGAGGAAAGAACGAAGGGGAACUGGCGGAGGUGGUGGUGGUGGUGGAGGUGGAGAAAGUGGAGGAGAAGAAGAAGAAAAAGAAGCAAGGUGCUGGUGGACGACGCCUCUCGAGUCUUCUUCGUCGAGCACCACCGAGAUAUCAACUCUGUCGUCGAUACAGCAUGAAGGCAGACAGUGACGUCAAGUGAGAAGGAAAGGGGGUAACGAAAGAAGGAAAAAUAAAACUAAAGCCCCUUUCGCGAGGACGCAUGCAUUGACUAAAGCGGAGAAAAGGCUGAACCUCUGAGGUGUGAAUCAAGGUAGAAAAGUAAAAGACGAAACCAAGGAGGAACGCAACGGAUCACCGCCAAAAGCUAGUAGAAUUAGUCGAUGAAGAAAAAGCAGCAGCAAGACACAAGAUACAAGCACGCAUACACAAGAACACAUCUACAUACAAGAAAUAAAUAAUAAUAAUAAUAAUAAUAAUAAUAAUAAUAAUAAUAAUAAUAAAAAUAAUAAUAAAAAAUAAUAUACAAUUUUCGUGGUAACGUGUGAAAAAGUGAGAGAGAGAGAGAGAGAGAGAGAGAGGGAGAGAGUGUAUUUGUGUGGUACAAAAGAAUAAGAGAGAGAGAGAGAGAGAAUCAGCGCGUGAAAGUAAAAGAGUGCGUGAAAGAAGGAAAGAAAGAAAUAAACAAGCGGCAACAAGCAGAGCCAACGGCACGACAACAGCAAGAAGGAAAACAAGUCAAGAAUAAGAGGAGGAGGAAGAAGAAGAAGAAGAAGAAGAAGCCGAACGAAGUCGUGGGCGUGAGCGCGUGUAAAUAAGAGCUAUUUUUUCGUAUGAUAAAGAAAGAGGACGAGGUGGUAGGGCUUGCCGUUUCGAACGCGUGGAGAGGAAGAAGAGGAAGAAGAAGAAGAAGAAGAAGCCAAAGAGGAAUAGAAUACGUUCGAUGAUCCUUCAACGAAAUAUCUGAAGAAGAAAGAGGAGGUGGAGGAAGAAGAGGAAGAGGAAGAGGAGGAGGAGGAGGAGAAGGAGAGAGAGAGAGAGAGAAAGAGAGAGAGAGAGAGAGAGAGAGAGAGAAAACCCUUCGAUCGAAGGGACACACACGAAUCGUUUGGAUAUUAUCCUCCGUUUCGAUGCUCUUCGAUUCGAGUAGUCCACGCUUCUUCCUCCUGGCGUGGAAUCUUUUCUUCUUUUAGAGAGGAAGCGAGAGAGAAGAGAAAAGAUAAAAGAAGAUAUAUAUAUAUAUACACACACACACAUAUAUAUAUAUAGACAGAGAAGGAAAGAUCGGACGUAGCGAUUUUCCGCGAGACUCUUCCCUUCUCGCUGGUAGAUAGAAGGGAAAAGAAGGAGAAGAAGAAGAAGAAGAAGAAGAAGAAAAAGAAGAGGAGUAGCAGUAGGUUGACGUACGGUGCUGUAGUAGUGCUGGUGGCUGUUGUGGUGAUUGUGUCUGGUGAGAGAAAGAUAGAGAAAAGAAAAAAAGGAGAAGGAGGGGGUGGAGGAGGAGGAGGAGGGGGAGGAGGAGGAGAGGAGAGCAGUCGAGCGGUAUCGAGAGGGCAGCCGUGCCCCAUGUUGUGAGCGUCUGAGGACUGCCGGGGGCAGAAGUGAAAGGGUGGGAAGGGUGCCGCGGGCAUGGAGUAUGGAGGCGGGGGCGGUGUGGGACGUGGGGGUGUCCAACCUCCCUCCGCAGGUGCGAGGGGCAUCGCAGGCACCGACACUAUCGACGCUGCGUGGCACAAACACGAACAAAUGAUCCUCAUGGAGUCCAGGCACAAGCAACAAUUGAGCGGGAGGACGGGGACCGGAGGGGCGCCCUUGUACGGGCGAUUGGUCGCCGAAGAGCCCAUGCCCCCAACGGUAUGCGGCGGUGGUGGUGGCGGAGGUGGUGGGGGUGCCGGUGGGGUUCCGCAGGAGACCCCCGCGGACAUCCACGCCAUGCAGGCCAGGAUACCCCACAGAUUCCGCGAUCCAGCCACGGCACCCCUGCGGAAGCUCAGCGUCGAUCUUAUCAAAACCUACAAGCACAUCAACGAGGUUUAUUAUGCGAAGAAGAAGAGAAGAGCACAACAGAUGCAGGGAGAAGAUGGUUCGCAUAAAAAGGAAAGAAAGCUUUACAAUGACGGUUGGGACGACGACAACCACGAUUACAUUAUCAAGAAUGGGGAAAAGUUCCUCGAUCGAUACGAGAUCGAUUCGUUAAUAGGUAAAGGCAGUUUCGGCCAAGUAGUAAAAGCAUUCGACCACGAAGAGCAAACGCAAGUGGCAAUAAAAAUCAUCAAGAAUAAAAAACCUUUUCUAAAUCAAGCGCAAAUCGAAGUUAGGUUAUUGGAAAUGAUGAACAGGGCGGAUACAGACAACAAGUAUUAUAUAGUUAAACUGAAGAGGCAUUUUAUGUGGCGAAAUCACUUAUGUUUGGUAUUCGAAUUGCUAUCGUAUAAUCUCUAUGACCUACUUAGGAAUACAAAUUUUCGGGGUGUCUCGUUAAAUUUGACAAGAAAAUUUGCACAGCAACUGUGUACUGCCCUCUUGUUCCUGUCUACGCCGGAAUUGAACAUCAUUCACUGUGAUCUGAAACCCGAGAACAUUCUUUUGUGCAAUCCCAAACGAAGCGCGAUAAAGAUAGUCGACUUCGGCAGUUCGUGUCAACUUGGUCAGAGGAUAUAUCAGUAUAUCCAGUCCAGGUUUUACAGAUCUCCAGAAGUUCUGUUAGGAAUACCGUAUGACCUCGCGAUAGACAUGUGGAGUUUGGGAUGCAUUUUGGUAGAAAUGCAUACGGGAGAACCUUUGUUUAGUGGGGCCAAUGAGGUCGAUCAAAUGAACAAAAUUGUCGAAGUAUUAGGCAUGCCACCAAAACGUAUAUUGGACCAAGCGCAUAAAGCGCGGAAAUACUUUGACAAAGUCCCCACGGAUGGCUCGUACGUGCUGAAAAAGUCCAAAGACGGUAAAAAGUAUAAACCUCCUGGUACAAGGCGGUUACACGAAAUUUUGGGCGUUGAAAGUGGCGGUCCUGGUGGUAGAAGGAUAGGUGAACCUGGUCACUCCAUUUCCGACUACCUCAAAUUCAAGGACCUAAUUCUACGAAUGUUGGAUUUUGAUCCAAAGACGAGAGUUACGCCAUACUACGCGCUUCAGCACAAUUUCUUUAAGAGAACAGCCGAUGAGGGGACCAACACGAACAUUGCUGCUGCGAAUAGUGCAAAUACAAGUCCAGCAGUGGUGUCUAUGAGCCAGGAUCAUGGACUGGUAACCAUGUCAGGACAGGGCAGCAGCAGCAGCGGUAGUCUGAUGCAAGUGUCAAGCCUCCCUGGUAGCUAUCAACCCAUGGAAUGUGAGGCUUCACCUCGUCAUUCAAGUAGUCGGCGCGGCAUAACAACAGGCUAUCCAUCAACAUCAGCCACUGGGGUGUCUGCGUCCACUUCGAUGUCCAUGCAGCCCAUGGACAACUCGCUGAUACCAAGCUCUCUUGGAUCGUACAAUAGCCUAAUUCUACCUGGUAUACCCCAUCUGCCUGCGAUGAUGACCUCACCGAUGAUACAGCAGCAAAACUUCUAUAAUUACGGUUACUCGACGACCGAUACACAUGGGAUGGUUAGACAGCCGUCGACGGUAUCAACCGGUAAACAGAGAGAUCCGGAAAGGGAAGAUAGCCCUAUGGUUGGGGUGUGCGUCCAACAAAGUCCAGUCGCUAUCCAUUGAAUUAGAAAAGGAAAUAACGGAGGACAAUACAGAUGUUACGAUCGUGGGACCGUAGAAAACUAUUAAACGGUUACGAAUCGAGCUCGUGGCAUGUUUAGAGUAUUGUCGUGGCGUCAACGAAGAAGAGAAGAAAACUAGGAAAGGAAGCGUACAGCUUGAAGUCGUCCCCAAACAUUAGUUUAUCAAGUACCAAGACAAGUAGUGUAAUAUUAUUGAUCACUAUGACAGUGAACCCUAUAGCUUUUCGGAAUUGGUUUGACUGAUCGACGUAGAGAAGAAGAAAAAGAAGAAGAAGAAAAAUAAAAAGACGAUGACGAUGAAGAGGAAAUAGGACAAAAAGGAAACAAAAAAAAGAAGAAGAAGAAGAAGAAAUUACAUGGAAAAACGUAUAUUCCAAAGCAAAUCACAAACGAAGCCUUCGUCUCUGAACCAAGAGAUUAUAUACCAGAAUGGAGACGUACUUUAAGCGUGAUAACAUUUAACGACGCCGUGAAGAUACUGAUAAGUAGGAAAAAGCUAAGAAAAGGAAAGAACGAGGGUAACCUCUUUUUCUGUUACUUUUUUUUACAUGCUGACUGGCCCUAUAUUGGGCAUGGAUAUAUAACUAGCACAGAAGAUUUAUGAAACUUUUCGAGCAUGGACAGACAGUUAUGGUCUAGUGAGGAUGAACCCAGCUGGCCUCGUGGGUCCUGCCCGAUUCUGUAGACACUUGAACAGUUUAGUCGAUACAACAUUAAGAAGAAGCAGAAGAAAAAAAAAAACAAACAAAAACUUUCGGCACCCAAACUGUGUGGCCUAGAGAGCGAAAAAGUGAUAAUUACUAUUAUUACCGCGUAAAAAGAAGGAAAAAGUAAGAAUUACCAAUUUAAGCAUGUACUCCAAUAGAGUUUUAUACACGAUGUCACGAAUGUAAACGGUUAGGAAAUAAUUGCGAGCAAACAAUGUGUCGAAUGCUAGUGUUAUUUGUACAAUACACUUAGGUGAAUGAUAAGAGUGCAGCUUUAGGGUUUAGCUUGUAAGUGUGAGAGAGGAGGAAACACAGACAUUGUAAACACAAUUCUUUUUAUUUACUUUGAUGAAAAAUGAGGAUAUUGCAAACGUCGGUUUGUUGCUGAAGAAGGACUUUAAACAAACUGGGUUUGCGCAGCUUAACAACAAUACAUAUUUAUACAUAAAAACAGUAAUAAGAAAGUUUAAAAAAGCAGUAUACACGUAAGAUCGAUCAAGAAUGGUAUAAUCAUACGAAAAAAACCUAGGUACUUUAUAAUAAACAAUACGCGCGUAUUCACAUACACAUGUUUCCAAUGCUAAUCGUCAUUGAUUUUUGCCGUUUGCUCUGAUGAUCAUUUAUUUCUUCGCAUGAUAUAGGUUUAAAUUCUUUUCAAGUUGUCAGCUUCACUUCUUUGUUUUCUUUCUUUAUUUCUUUUCUUUUUUUUUUCCUUUUUUUUUACGUAGGAUUCCUUCCAAUCGAUUACUUUAUUCUAUUCUAAUUUCGUAUAAAGACUACGAGUAUUCAUAAUAUAUAUAUAUAUAUAUAUGUUUGUAUAUAUGUAUAUAUAUAUGAUGUAUAUAUAUAUAUAUAUGUAUGGUGCAAAAAAUGCGUUCAAUAUUUGAUUGAAAUUCUACUAAAUUUCAAUUGCCGCGAGUGUAUUUCCUGAAUACGCUACCAUUUGUAGGUGUAGUAUAGUACCUGAAGGCAGACUAAAUGCAAUUGAAGUAGUAAGUCUUUAUACAGCGCAGAUGUGACCGGCAACAAUAUAAAUUUUAAUAAUCAUCACUAACGUAAUAUUACAAAAGAAGGAGUCCUAGUGAAUUAUACAUGUUGCUUAUCAUCUUCGUUAAAUAGCAAGCAGUAAAAAUAUUUUUAUAUGGAAACAGUUCAAUUGUAUCAAUAUCUUCAUAAUCGUCUUUCAAUCGGUAGUCUACGAUGUAUUAUGAGAUAGAUAAAGAUGACAAUUUGUCUCUCUUCCAUUUUCUAUCGAUAUUAGACACAUAUAUACAAAUAUUACAUUUUGCUUUCAUUUGCGCGACGCAAAAUGUAAAUUAUACGAAGAAAAAAGAAACAAAUUUACUUCGAAUAUCGCAUUAUGUAAGAAUAAAAGCCACAUGUAUAAUUCAUUGAUCUACUUGGUCGAUAUCAUUGUACUUUCUUUUUUGUUUUUCUUCUUUUUUUUUUCUUUUUUUUUUUAAAUUUCGUUGCGGUGUGUUAAUUUAUUGUUUUUCUUUUCUUGUAUAAAAUCUGCAAUAUCAAAUAGUAGUCUUAAAUAAUAUUUCCACUGUAUGAUUGUGACCGUUGACAAAAAAAGAGCUUGACCUAAAAAAGAUGAUAGAUAACUGGAAUUCCUAGCACUGCAUUUGAAAAGACAUAUAUCUUAUAGCCAAGUUCGAAUCCAAAAAUUCAUUUUGUAUUAGUUGUUAAUGUAUAUGAAACAUAAUACAGUCUUCAGUAGUUGAUAGAAAUGAUAUAUUUUAUCAGCUAUUCUGUCUGCUGCGAAUUAUUUUAAUCGUGCAGACUUUGAAAUGAUUUGUAUAUUUUUAUACAGCUGCAAUCAGAAAUUCUCAGAAGUACAUUUUUGACAUAAGCACAUUAGCAUUUUCAAGUUAAACUUGAAGGUUCACGUUCAUCGUACCAGCGCAUCGACUCUUAGUUAUUAAAGGAAUAAACAUUUUUAACGAUAGACACGUACAUAUAUAUUUAAGUCCUGCUUGUAAUUCUUGAAUUUCUACGAUUCCUUGGGUAUAUAUUAAACGCGAAAGUGAAAUGAGUCCGUGUCGUGAUUAGGGCGAUUUGAGAAACGAUUUGAAAACUAUUCGAUGACAUUACUAGAAGAGGAUACAACAUCGUAGCAGAAGGCGUAUCGAAGAUCUUAAAACGGUUAUAUUCUCGCACAAUACAUGCAGGACAUGACUAAGUGUGUCGUAUUUGAGCAUCGAUAACUUUUUAGUAACUUCAGCAGUACAAGCUGUAUACGUGGUGUUUGAUCUAUCAGAAGUAAAGAGAUUAUUCGCGAAACGUUGAGGAUUUUCUGUGACAAAUUCUAACGUUCUCCCGAUCUCACAAAACGGCAAAAAUCAGUACACACUAUAAAUAUAGAUAAUGUGUGAUUUCACACGUGCCCUCUUCCGAAUCCAUGUUGUUAGUCACUGUGCUCAUUAGUCUAACAAUGACAAUGAAGUUAUCGGUUCUGCAAUUUUUAACAAUUUCACUGCUGUAUCGUAUGUCUUUUAUUCGUAUACGGCCUUAGAAUCCCAACAAUUACAAUUCUUUCAUCGUAUUCCCAAUGAUUUCGUCUCGCGAUGAAAUUAUUUACAAGUUUGCCGUUAGACGAUAGCGAUAAUGAUUUGUACUGGAUCGAGAUCUAAUAAUCAUUUACAAACUUUUAUAAAAAGAACGUCGUACACAUUAUUUUUAUGCAUUCACACAUUAUUUUUAUGUGCAUUUGAUUGAAUAAAGAUAAAAAAAUAAAUAAAUAAAUAAACAUACUGUACAGUACCGAAUGAAAAAUAAUUAUGGUCUCUAAUUUUUUCUAAGCGACUUGUGGGCACAGUGUCACCUUUGGCAAUGCAUCGAAGCAUUUUUUUUUUUUUUUGACGAUUGUUGAUUUUAACUGAAUAAUUAUUAUUGUUUAUCUGUAUCAAAGUGAUUGGUUAUAUGAUAUAACUUUUAGUGAAUUUAAGAAGAGCUAGUUAAAAAGAAAGAAAAAGAAAAAGAAAGGCGACUGCCGUCGAGAUUUAAAUUUAGAGACAAUUUUUUCGGGGCAGGGGACGCAGUUCGAACGAUUCUUGUACUGGAGAAGUGUCUCGACGCGAUUGUACGAGAGAGAGAAAGAGAGAGAGUGCGUGUGUGUACGUGUGAGAGAGAAAGAGAGAGAGAGCGCGUGUGCGUGAGAGAGAAAGAGUGAGAGAAUAUAAAAGCCGGAACGAGAGCGAAAGAGAGAGCGAGAGCGAGAGCGAGAGAGAGAGAGAGAGAGAGAGUGAGAGAGAGAGAGAGAGAGAGAGAGAGAGAGUGGUUUAAUAAGGAAAAAUUGAAAAACUGUUAGCGAGCGUACCGGAUGGCUACACGAACACAAAUUUUUAAUGAUGGAACAAAAUUCCUAAUCACAGACGAUAUCAUAUUGUGAUGCAUAUAUAUACAUAUAUAUUAAUUUUUCUUUCCUGUGGAAAAGCAUCUUUAUCGAGAUUGAUUUUAAAAAAUUGCUUCAUACUUCAUUGUAUCUUUGACACGUGCGCAUUAUUUAUUGAACAGUUAUUAUUACCCUGGAAAAAUUUGUCCACACUCAACAAUUGUCGCAAAAUGCAGAGUAUUUAAGCCAAUUAGCAAACCACAGAGAUGUAUACACUUACAUAGAAGUAAGAGCUAGCCGUAAUUCAUGUUCCAAAUGAUUUGCUUUUCGUACUUUAAAAAUGCUUGCCAGAAAAAAAAAGAAAAAAGAAAAGAAAAAAGAGAAAAAAGAAAAUUUUGACCAUCGAGUAAAGUCGUAUUUUCUUUCUUGGUUCGUCAUACAGAUAUAUUAUUAUACACAUUGUAUACCAUCGAAGGCUAAGGGAAACGCGCGUAGAAGACCGUUCUUUGUUACAAUCGUCCCAAUUUAUAUCAAUUAUAAAAGAAUCAUACAAACGAUAAACGCGAUGACUCAUGAACUAAAUACAUAAAAAUACAAUUCGCCAAGCAUAAAGCAUAAAGCAAAAAUCAAAUCUUCCCAUCGGUAACCGUUCACCACCAUCUUUUUUAAUUUUCGCAAUCACAGUGAGGAGAUUAAUACACCUCUUGUGCCUCUUAUAGCCAUUAAAAAUCUUUCUUCCGUGUGCAUUGCUUAUAUUUUACAUAAUCUUUUUAGAAUACGAAAGAAGAGAGGGCGUUUUGUGCCCAAAGAUAAAAAUACGAUCGGACGACGUUGACGAAAGACUUAAUUAAUUUGUAUAACGACAAAACUUAAUUUCUGAAUCUUUGGAACAUGUUGCGGCCGGAAUAAAUAACAUAAGUUUCCUAACUUUAUGUGUAAAAACAUUGUGUUCAGAAAAUAUGCUAUAAUACGACUGAUAUAUACCUGAGUGGCGGCAUGCGAGCGUCUUUCGAGAAUUAAGCAUGUCGAACGAUGUCUUGAUAUCUCCUUCGGCGAUGGCAUGUUCCAAUUGGGUUAAAAAAAAAAUAUAAAGGAUGAAUGCAGAAAAAGAAGAAAAAAGAGAAAAAGAGAAAACAAACUGAAUUAUGAAACAAAAACCGAUUUAUUAAGAUGAAGAAAAAAUUAACAAAACUCCAUGCAAGAUGAAGAAAAAGUUGUAUCUAACCUGUAUACAUUGUCAUAUUAUUAUUAUGAUUAUUAUAAUUAUUAUUAUAUAUAAUAAUGUAAUUGAGAAUUUGAAACGAUAUUACAUAAGGUUAAUAAUAAACAAACGCAUCUUCACCUUU